CUGCUCUGUGGCUCGCGCGGCGCUCGGAUCGCUGAGCUCUCGGGUCUCUACCGAUCCUCUCCUCUUCGUCCUACCUUCAUCCCCCAGACGCUGACGUUAGUGGAACCUUCCCAGUCUGCUGUGACAUUCAGGUUAAUCUGAUUAUGUAGAUUUCCUCCUGGACGCCUCUUUGUCAAUGACGGCCAAGAUGGAGACUCCCUUUUACCACGACGACUCCCCCGCUGUCCCGGGCUUCAGCCAGGUUGCGGAGUAUGAGCGUUACCCUGGAAACAAGAUGCUGCUGAGUAAGAAGGCCAUGUCGGGGGCAGGUAGCCAUCACUUCCUUGGUGGUGGUGGUGCAGGUGGAGGAAGGGGCGGCAACCCCAACAACCUGGGGCUCUCUGGGAACGGCAGCAUGAUGGCAUCGGUGGCGUCCUCGGCGGACAUAAACUUACUGAAGCUGUCAUCUCCUGACCUGGAGCAUCUGAUCAUCCAGUCCAAUCAGGGCUUGGUCACCACCAGCCCGGCUUCCAGCUCCACCAACCCCUUCAUGUACCGUGCCCAGGCUACCAACGAGCAAGAGGGGUUUGCAGACGGCUUUGUUAAAGCACUGGCGGACCUUCACAAGCAGAAUCAGCUAGUGGGAGGUGGCCCCAUGUCCCCAUCCUCGUCCUCCAGUGUCUCCCUGCAGGCGUCCUAUCAAAGGAACCUGAUGUCCGGUGGAGACAUGCCCGUCUACACCAACCUCAACAGCUACAACUCCAGCCAGAUUCCUUACUCGGGAGGGCAGAUGGCUUACGGUGGAGGCUCAGGUCAUGGUGGAGGUGGUGCCCCCCAGCCCCAUCCUCGAGUUCUGGAUGCCCCUCAGACCGUCCCAGAGGUACCCCAUCCACCAGGAGACCCCACCUCCCCGCCUUCCCUCUCCCCGAUCGACUUGGAGACACAGGAGCGAAUCAAAGCAGAGCGUAAGAAGCUCCGCAACCGCAUAGCAGCCUCCAAGUGCCGCAAGCGGAAGCUGGAGCGGAUUUCCCGGCUGGAGGAGAAGGUCAAGGUGUUGAAGAGCCAGAACUCGGAUCUGGCCUCCACUGCUGCCAUGCUGCGGGAGCAGGUUGCCCAGCUCAAACAGAAGGUCAUGAGUCACGUCACCAACGGAUGCCACAUCGCUGUCGGGUCCGCCGCUGCCUCCAAAUCUGGAGGAGGAGGCACCUGCAGCGAAGACUCCAGCUGCUGAGACGGGUGGACAGAUGUUAAUGGACAGAUAAUCAGCCAGAGGGCUGGAGGUUUACCUUUACUAUUCUGGCAUUUCGCUUGAGCUCCUGGUCAAAGCAGAGACAGCGAGUACCGUGGAGUAGGAUCAGGAUUUGCCAGGCAGUACCGGUAAGCCGUAGAAGGCAGAGCUUAGAGGACAGACAACACGAGAAGGGACGAGUCCUUGGACAUAAUCAUUGUAGAAAUCGCUACCAUUUCAAAUCUUUAAAAAAGACCAGAAGGGACAGAGUCUGAGCCUUAAGAGCAUGUCAGGCUUCUAAGUUAUUGACCUGGAGCUGCUUGCUAGCUGCCACACUGGACUGGACGCCAGUGAAAACACAAUUUUUUUCUCAUUUCAAGAUUUUACUGUUUGAAUAAACAUUUCAGACGAACAUUUUUCCAGCUUGACUUGAAAAGAUUUCUUCAUAAAUGGAAAAAUUUAAUAAUUAAGGGAGACAUUCUUGUGCUGUCGUCCUGCUUUUACUCAGUUUACAUGACAAAAACACAAUUUUCCCUUUUUGUUUUUCAGGUCCGGUAAAAAGGUUUGUUUUACUUUUCAGUUCAUUUUCAGAGCUGAACAUUUCUAACGGCUCUGUUUUUACAGUACUGCAUGAAGACGCAUGUAAUCUGAUUACUGCAGCUUCUAAACAUGCCUCAGCUCUACGUUCUGACCAGUUUUGUGCUCUUUGUUUUGUUUUUAAACAUCUGCUGACAAGAACAUCUGGAUAUAUUUCAGUUACUAAAACUAGCUAAAGAUUAUUUAGUUUGUUCUGGUAAAAAACUGGAAUUAAACUAGAAUAUCCUGAUGUUUGAAGAUUGUUUAGACGUAAAGUAGUUUUAUUUGAUUUAUUGUUGAAUUUUGCUACAGGAGAAACAAUAAUGAACAUUAACCCCUUAAAGCCUGAAUUUAUUUACAGUUAUAUGAAAAUAAAAUAGAUACAGGAAAAAAUAACUACAGAAGAAGACUGGAAUG